AUGCGUCAGUGGGCUUCGCUCGCCGCAGCUGUUGCGCUGCUGGCCAACGGCGCCGUCGCGCAGAACAUGCUGCGCUUCGCCUGCUCCCAGCUGGUCGUCGACCGCGUCGACCCCUUGGUUAACCCCGGCCAGCGCUACACACCACACCUGCAUCAGAUCGUGGGCGGCAACUCGUUCAACCUGACCAUGACCCCCGUCGAGCACGACCUGGCCAAGCUGUCGACAUGCACCUCAUGCACCUUCGCCCAGGACAAGUCCAACUACUGGACCGCUGUCAUGUUCUUCAAGGCCAAGAACGGCUCUUACCACCGCGUGCCCCAGGUCGGAAACGGCGGGCCGCAGGGCCAGCUCGUCAACAAGGGCGGCCUCGACGUCUACUACAUCCCCAGCGGCAAGGUGACGGCCUUCAAGCCGGGCUUCCGCAUGCUGGCAGGUGACGCCACCAACACCGACGACAACAAGGUCUCCAAGGGCAACAUCUGCCACCGCUGCUGGACGUCGACGAACGAGAACAACUUUGUGGGCGGCGCUCCCUGCACCGGCUCCGACACGGUCGCCAUCCCCCAGGACACCAAGUGCAAGAUGAUCCGCCAGACCAUCAUCUUCCCCGCAUGCUGGGACGGCAAGAACCUCGACUCGCCCGACCACAAGUCCCAUGUUGCCUACGGCCAGGGCUCCGGUGCCACCGGCGGCGGCGCCUGCCCGUCCACCCACCCCGUCAAGCUACCCCAGGUCAUGUACGAGCUCAUGUGGGAUGUGAGCAGCUUCGCCGACAGGAGCAUCUGGCCCGACUCGGGCCCGGCCUUCAUCUACAGCAUGAACCUCGGGUAUGUUGGCUCGGCCGCCCACGGCGACUACCUCUUUGGCUGGGAGGGCGACAGUCUGCAGAAGGCCAUGGACAACGGCUGCAACCUCAACAGAGACUGCCCGGCCGCCGGUCUCACGGCGCAGAGCCCCGACGUUUACAGUGCCUGCACCGUCAAGCAGCAAGCGCCCGAGCCCGUCGACGGCUGGCUCAAGGCGCUGCCGAUGGGCGACAUGCCCAUGAAGGCUUAG